GUCUGUGACCGCAAGUUUUCUGAUAAUUGUCAGAUGAUGUGAUUGCAAAACAAGCUUCGCAGAUGUGAUUCAUUUAGUCCUACUUGUAAUUGGUAUACAUUAGGCAACUUUUUUUUUUGCUGGAUUGAGACUUUUUUCUUUGCUGGAUUGAGACUUAUUUUCUUGCUGGAUUGAGACUUAUUUUCUUACUUUGCUUGUGAUGUGAUAACAAUGUUUAUCCACCCAAGAAAUAUGAGGAAUAUAAUCCUGUUUUUGUUCGCUGUUGUGGCCUUUGUGGCCCCAGGAUUUGGACAAUCAAAUCACACAUGUGAUGAAUCUUACACGUUGAGAUGUGAAUACACGUACCACUACGAGGGGCAGGUUCUAACAGGAAUAGAUGGAGGGGAGUCAAACGAUUACUCCGGUCUUAAAAUCUCUGCUGAUAUCAAGCUCAUGAUGCAUCCUGGCAACCACUUUGUUAUGCUGAUGAACAGCAUAUCCCUAGAGAGAUUCCAGGAUGAAGUCGAUGAUCCUCUUCGGAUUCAGAAACCUGCUCUUUUUAUACCUGUAGAGGGUGCCGAGGCACGACGCCUCGUAGAAGAGCUACGCGAGCAAACUGACUUCUCCUACGACUCGGGCCUGAUUGAAAUGAUGUUCCCUCAAAGUGGUGAGUCCCUGACUUCGGUGAACAUCAAACGAUCCAUCAUAUCCCUCUUCAUUCUGGAUCUAAAAGGCGAGUCUGAUCCAGACGCUACCUUGCAGGAACAAGGACAGAAGACACUCUACACUGUGAUGGAGGCUGGAGUAGCUGGUGAAUGUGAGACAGUGUACAAUGUGAAGCCUUUUAACUUAGAGGGCAGGCUGUUGACCAAUGAUGUUUUUCAGAGUCCUCAAUUCAGACUCAAUGUUACCAAGACUUUCAACUUCAACAAGUGCAGUAAUCCACCAAGACAGCAGAAUGCAUUCCUGCUGAGCGGUUUUCCGUCAGAUCCAAGCCUGGAUGUGUCACAGAACCUAGUGCACUCUACCAGAGAGGUAUCCUACUCCAUUAGAGGUGACCAGAAGAGUUUCUUGAUAGACUCUGUCACAGGCGAAGAGAUUCAUGCUUUUAAUCCUCUCAAUAUGGAUGGACCAAGCUUCACCACCUUCGUGAGGCAAGAAUUGAUGCGCACCCGAUCCAGGAUAGUUAUGAAUGUGGAUACGACUCGACCUUUGGGAUCCUCACAGCGGUACUGGACUAACCUGUCCUUUGAGUUUCCGUUAAAUGAAAGGUCAGAGGUCACGGAGGAGGAGUCCAGCAUACUCUCCAAUUUGGUUGCCGCUCUGGUCGAGGAGAUUGCAAACAGCCUUGAAAUGGAGCAUAUAUCCAACAACAUUCCUGGAAAGUUUGCUGAGCUCACAGAAACCUUACGCAUGUCCCCCCCUUUAGAAGUCUUAUCAGUUUAUGACAACCAUGCACAGAGGAUGGAGGGAGAGACACAAGAACAUGAGAGAAAGAGGAAAGUUCUGGAGGAUGUCUUGCCACUACUAGGAACUGACCAGUCAGUAGCCAUCAUCAAGAAUAAAUUGAUUAAUGAGGAUAUUACUGGUGAGAGAGCAUCUCAGAUUGUAAGCAUGCUGGCAUUCCAUACCACCUUCCAACGUUCCUUCUUGGAUAGCGUUCAGGAUCUGUGCGAGAGCACCAGUAUGCCAGAGUGCUGGCUGGCCUACGGUUCCCUGCUCAACAAGGCCUGUGGAGAAGGGAUUAACAGACAAGUCUGGACAUGUGAAGAUAGUAUGCUUAUCAGCUAUGCAAAGCCUCUAUACAAUGGGACAAGUGCCAUGCAUCCUCUAUCAACACGACGGACAUUUCUCAAGGCUUUAGGCAAUGCAGGUCUCAGCGGUCAAGCCCAGAACCUAAAGAACUUGAUCAACGAUCCAAACACUGCAUGUGAGCUUAGAUGUCAGGCUAUUUACUCACUCAGGAAACUCACAGGAAGUAGCUCCAGGAAAUAUAUCAUCCAACUGUCGCUGACAGUUUUCACCAACAAGGAGAACAAUGCAGAGGUGCGUAUCGCUGCCUUUGUCGUGCUUAUGGAUGCCAAACCCAGUGCCUCCAUCAUGAAGAUUUUGAUGAACAGCCUGGAGUCUGAGACUAGCGCUCAGGUGUCGAGCUUUGUCUCCUCUCAUUUUGAAGCCCUGAGCCACCGCAGCAUGCAGGUGCCAAGUAAUGUGUCAAGUGUGGCAAGAUCAUUACUGGAGAUAACCCCUACAGCAGAUUAUGGAUUCCAGUACUCUAAGAGCUACAAAAUGGGCUUGGAAUCAGUUGAAGACCGACUGGGAGUCUUUGCCAACUUGAAGUACAUCAUGGAGCAGGACUCUCCCUAUACAUCUGGGUUAGCGGCCAAGCUGAACACUCAUCUGAUGGGCUUCAGUCUGAACCCUCUAGAGGUUGGCUUCAAGGUUGAGGGGUUGAGAAAACUGAUGUUGGAGAGGUUUAUGAGUAACAGUGAAAGUGGAGAUGGAGAUAAUCGGGACCGUCUCCUGGAUGAAAUAGACAGACAGCUUGACAUCAUAUUACGUGAAGACUCAGACCCUAUGGCAAGCCUGUACAUGAAAGCGUUUGGUAGAGAGAUCAGAGGAAUGGCCAUUGGCAAAAGCUCUAUCCUUUCAUUUAUGAACCUAGAGAGCUCUAGAUUGAGCACCCUUGAAGAACUCUUCACCCAUCCCCGCAUCUCUUACCAGAAGGCCACGACCCUGAGUGAGGGAUACCUGCGUAUCCCGACCUCCAUGGGUAUCCCCCUGACCCUGAAGCUCUCCAGCUCAGCCGUCGCAGCCGUUGAGGGGUCCGGAACCAUCACCCUCGAUCCUCCUCUUGAAGACAUUGUCGCCAACAUGCGUUUGCCAAAUGCAGUCAGUGUUGAAGGCUUUUUCAAUCCACGCCUUGCUGUGGAGAUGGUAGGAGACAUGGGGGUCAGCAUCGGUGGAUCUAUCAAGAUCGGAACAGCUCUCAGGGUAUCCCUCAACUCCUCUCUGGUCCUCAAUGGGUCUGUCAUGGUUGACCUCCAGCGCCAGGACUAUUCGGCCAACUUGACCACUCCACAGGAGAACCAGCAGCUCUUCUCAAUCAAGACCAAACCCUUCACAUACUUUGAUGUGACGAGCUCUAUCUUUGAAGAGGCUGGACAAUCCCAAUUGAGUACUCAAGAAAUAUCAAGUGUGGAGAAACUAAGACCAUCUAAGUUCAAGGUGGAGGCUCUUGGAGUUGGGCUUGGUGCUUCCUUCGUCCAUCCAUCAGAUAAACUCUCUCCUUGCAGUCUACUAAGGGGUCCAAUGCAGUUUAACAUAAGUAUCCUUGCAGGAGAAACAACCCCUAAAGAGAUCCAGCUCCAUCUUCGCAUCAAAGACAAGUACGAGAUGGUUUUGAAUGAUCCACAUGGUGAAAGGUACCAUCAUCAUCAUGACUCUCCCUACAUCUGGAGUUUAGGAACGGCAGAGAGCAGAUGGAUGUCACUUAACCAUAUCAGAAAGGUGAUGCAAGAUGGAGGGUAUGAUCAUAGUCAACACCACAUUGGAAGUGAUAUUCACCAUGGUCACCACAGUGGAAGCGAUGAACAUCAUGGUCUUCUAGGAGAUAAUUACCACGGUCACCACAGUGGAAGCGAUGAACAUCAUGGUCUUCUAGGAGAUAAUUACCACGGUCACCACAGUGGAAGCGAUGAACAUCAUGGUCUUCUAGGAGAUGUUCACCAUGCUCACCACAGUGGAAGCGAUGAACAUCAUGGUCUUCUAGGAGAUGUUCACCACGGUCACCACAGUGGAAGCAAUGAACAUCAUGGUCUUCUAGGAGAUGUUCACCACGGUCACCACAGUGGAAGCGAUGAACAUCAUGGUCUUCUAGGAGAUGUUCACCACGGUCACCACAGUAGCAGUGAUGAACAUCACGGUCUUCUAGGAGAUAAUUACCACGGUCACCACAGUGGAAGCGAUGAACAUCAUGGUCUUCUAGGAGAUGUUCACCACGGUCACCACAGUAGCAGUGAUGAACAUCAUGGUCUUCUAGGAGAUGUUCACCACGGUCACCACAGUGGAAGUCACAGCGAUAGCCAUGAGCACCAUCAUCUUCCGAUCUAUAAUAUAACUAAGAUAGAGGACUAUGAACAUAAUCACACUGAUUACCAUCAUGUAGAUCAGAAUGGUAAACCCAUCUCAUACCAGCACAGUCAUCCUGUGUAUAAGAUUGAGCCUCUGCCUCAGAAAAAGACAAACAAGAUAGAUUACCAUCACCAUGGUCACCACAGUGGAAGCGAUGAACAUCAUGGUCUUCUAGGAGAUGUUCACCACGGUCACCACAGUGGAAGCGAUGAACAUCAUGGUCUUCUAGGAGAUGUUCACCACGUUUACCACAGUAGCAGUGAUGAACAUCAUGGUCUUCUAGGAAAUAAUUACCACGGUCACCAAAGUGGAAGCGAUGAACAUCAUGGUCUUUUAGGAAAUAUUCACCACGGUCACCACAGUGGAAGCGAUGAACAUCAUGGUCUUCUAGGAGAUGUUCACCACGGUCACCACAGUAGCAGUGAUGAACAUCAUGGUCUUCUAGGAGAUGUUCACCACGGUCACCACAGUAGCAGUGAGGAACAUCAUGGUCUUCUAGGAGAUGUUUACCACGGUCACCACAGUAGCAGUGAGGAACAUCAUGGUCUUCUAGGAAAUAAUUACCACGGUCACCACAGUGGUAGCGAUGAACAUCAUGGUCUUUUAGGAGAUGUUCACCACGGUCACCACAGUGGGAGCGAUGAACAUCAUGGUCUUUUAGGAGAUUAUCACCACGGUCACCACAGUGGAAGCGAUGAACAUCAUGGUCUUCUAGGAGAUGUUCACCACGGUCACCACAGUAGCAGUGAUGAACAUCAUGGUCUUCUAGGAGAUGUUCACCACGGUCACCACAGUAGCAGUGAGGAACAUCAUGGUCUUCUAGGAAAUAAUUACCACGGUCACCACAGUGGUAGCGAUGAACAUCAUGGUCUUUUAGGAGAUGUUCACCACGGUCACCACAGUGGAAGCGAUGAACAUCAUGGUCUUCUAGGAAAUGUUCACCACGGUCACCACAGUAGCAGUGAUGAACAUCAUGGUCUUCUAGGAGAUGUUUACCACGGUCACCACAGUAGCAGUGAGGAACAUCAUGGUCUUCUAGGAAAUAAUUACCACGGUCACCACAGUGGUAGCGAUGAACAUCAUGGUCUUUUAGGAGAUGUUCACCACGGUCACCACAGUGGAAGUGAUGAACAUCAUGGUCUUCUAGGAGAUGUUCACCACGGUCACCACAGUGGAAGCGAUGAACAUCAUGGUCUUCUAGGAGAUGUUCACCACGGUCACCACAGUGGAAGUCACAGCGAUAGCCAUGAGCACCAUCAUCUUCCGAUCUAUAAUAUAACUAAGAUAGAGGACUAUGAACAUAAUCACACUGAUUACCAUCAUGUAGAUCAGAAUGGUAAACCCAUCUCAUACCAGCACAGUCAUCCUGUGUAUAAGAUUGAGCCUCUGCCUCAGAAAAAGACAAACAAGAUAGAUUACCAUCACCAUGGUCACCACAGUGGUAGCGAUGAACAUCAUGGUCUUCUAGGAGAUAAUCAUCACGGUCACCACAGUGGAAGCGAUGAGCAUCAUCACUCCCCUUACAAUAUAACUACAGUGGACGAAACGCACAACCACACCUACCACGAACAUGUUGAUGGCAACAUUGAAAUCAAAACUUACGAACACACCCAUCCUGUUUACAAAAUAGACCCAGUGCCUGUGAAAGGAGCCUCUGAUCUCCAUCACGAUUAUCACAGCCACGAGCAUCAUCAUGAUCAUCUUCCCAUGAAAGACUUAUCUUCAACUGACAAGGCAUCUCUAAGAGAAGCCGUCUUGAAUAAGGUCACCGAGGCGCACUUAACCUUUCGAGAUCAAAUCAGCAGCUACAUGGAUUAUUGGUUUGGUAAAUCUGAUGUAGAGCCAACUGGAAUCACCACGCCCUCAGCACCAGUUCAAACAGAGAAUGCCACUCAGGAAGCAAACCAACCUACUCCUACUAAGGAGACGGCAUGGCUACAUGGAGUCAUGGAUGUUAUAAAUCAAAGGUUUGGACUGCAUCGUUUCCAUAGCCAGUCACAUGCACACCAGGACAGCCUUUAUCAUGACAGCCAUGGGCAUGAUCACCACGAUAACCUCCACCAUCAUACUGCGAAGCAUCACCAACAUGUCCAUGACAAUCACAGCCAUGAUCAGUACCAUAGCCACGAUCAUCACCACACCCAUCUCACAUUGAGUGAAGCGUUUGACCAAGUCUUUGGUAACCUCGAUGCCAGCAAGUACACCAAGAUCAUCACCAGGAACUUCUUCUUGAAUAUCACAGCUAAAGGUCACAACUCCAGUGAUGACCGCACAGUUAUGGUCAAGGUCAAUGCUGACCUUCAGGGUCGUAGCCACAAGGCAGUCAACAUGCAAGUCUUCCCGGCUGUCCAGCUUCCAACAGACCUACAGGACCCCGAGGCACCAUUGUCUUUUAGCUCUCAUUACCAUGAUCACUAUGAUCACCAUCAUCAUGAAGACCAAAAGCAGGUAUUCUGCAUGCAAUUUGAAGCUGAUCUUCCAUCUUUCAAGUCUGAGACCCCAACCAAAGUUCCAGUGUCACUCUAUCAUCAUGACUCUCAUGGUCAUGAUGACCACGAUACCUUCCACCAUGGCGUCAGGAGUGGGAUAUCCCAACCCAAUACCAAUGACACCACCCCAGAGGCUCUGUAUCACCACCACCACCAUAGCCACAGUGAUGAGCACCAUGAUGUACAUGUCCUUGGAAACCUCCAGGAGGGUCACCUACACCACCACAGCCAUAGCGACGAACACCACGACGAGCAUCUCCAUCCGGCAACCAAUACGUCAGAUCAUCAAGCUCAUCGUCUCCUUUCCGGAGACCACCAUGACCAUCAUCACAGCCAUAGCGACGAAUACCACCAUGUCGGGGAGCUGAACGAUCAACACCUUCACCACCAUAGCCAUAGUGACGAACACCACGAUGAGCAUCUCCAUCCAGCAACCAAUACGUCUUAUCAUCAAGCUCAUCGUCUCCUUGCAGGAGGCCACCAUCACCACAGCCAUAGUGACGAGCAUGAUGACUAUCAUCAUCUCCACCCAUCGUCCAAUGACUCUCAUGAUCAUCCUCUACCAAUCCUCCACGGCCAUGGACAUGGGCCCGUAGCUGAGAUCGGACCUCAGGCUCAGUUUUCUCUGAAGAUGGGCUGGGGAAGAAGCUGCUCGUCGGACAAACAAGUCCAGUUCAAGGCUCUGUUUGAAAGGAGUAGGAGCCAGCAAAGAGAUCUACAUGAUAAAAAACAGCUUAGAGCCAUGCAUCUCAGCUUUAGUCAUCAGCAUCUACCUUAUUCUGUGCAGACAGGUAUAUCUAAUGCCGUUGAGAACUUGAAGCAUGCCAUGUGGAACAAGGCUGAGACAGAGACUUCUGACGGUACAGAUCUACAUGGACAGAUCUUGCUGUCAGCUAUCCUUGAUGACUCCCUGGACAAGGUCAACCUCACCAUGUCUGAGCCUCAUGACCUGGUGAGAUUCAACAAUGUCAACCUGCCUUUCAAGGUCACGCCGUAUACCUUAAGAAAAACCUACCUUGAAGCAUUCAUGAGCACCGCGAUGAAACAGCCUUACUCUCCCAAAUGUACGCUAUCAAGUGAUGGUCAGAUCACCACGUUUGACAAUGUUAGCUACCCCUACGUCUGGUCUGAAUGCGAACAUGUGGUGGCUAAGGAUUGCUCUGAACAUCAGAGAUUCACUGUACUGACCAGGAAGCUUCAUGGUGAUAAGAAGGCAAUCUCAGUCUUUGCUGGGGCUAACAAGCUGGAGCUGACUCCCUAUGAGCAGUCCAGCAUCAUGAGUAUAGUGAUCAACGGUGAGAUUGUUACGCUUCCCAAACGAUCCCAACUGGUCUUUUAUGACGAUGGAACGAAUGUGACAGAAGUUUUGGAACAAGGCAGGGAUCUGCGGGUCCAAGCACCACGCCCCCAAGUGAUUGAUGUGACCAGGAGAUACCUAGAGAAUGAAGAAGAGAAGGCGGACCAGGAAGCCAACCUAGAGGAUACUCCUGUAGAGGUGACUUACGAUACUCAAGGAGCCCAGCAGGAGCAACAAAAUAGAACUGUCCACGAGAUCCUGACUGGUCAUUCCGAAGACCUCCACAGUCACGACACACCUCAAUCAGAGAGUCAUCAUCAACAGCAUCAUCAUCACAGUCAUCAUAGCUAUGAUAGGGUCCGUAGCGAUGACCUCUACUGGGGCGGUCUGACUCGGUACGUAGAACUGGCCCUGAAUGAUGAGGAACAGGACUUUGAGAGGUUCUACCAGCCCCUCCUGAACGGAUCCACCGACGCCCCACCCCAACCCAAGGAGACCCUUCUUCUGCUCAGGAUGGAGAAUACAUAUCUGAUCAUUGCCAGGAAGGAAGGGCUUGCUGUCCUGUUUGAUGGCACCACUGUCAGAGUCCAGAUUGCUCGGCGCUACCAGGGUCUCCAGUGUGGGUUGUGUGGUAACUUCAACGGGGAUCCUAGUCCAGAGAUGGAAUUCAUUGGACCAGAUGGAAAGGUCUACUCCAACGGACCUCAACUUGCCAGGUCCUACCAAGUAGCCACACCAGAAUGCACGGGAGGCGAUAAAUGCGUCCCUACCCCAUGGCAUAUAUCCAAGCAGAAUGUCAUUUUGGAAGAUGGGUUGUCCUACGACUGCACCUCCAAAGUUCCUCGAUGUGAUGAAAGCACCUGCGAACCAAGUGGAACGAUCUCUGUUCCUGCCAGGUUCAGCUGCGUCACACUCAAGUGCAAGAAAUCAAAGUGUUUCCAGCUCACGGCAAAGAUCCAAGGAUCUGUCGACAUGCAUACUGGGUGUGUUCCUAGAUCAUAGAUCAUUCCAGUCAAGUGGUGUGUGAUUUUGAUAUAAAAUUGCUUUGUGAUGAAAUGCAACAGUAUUUUAAAUACUAAUGGGGCUAUACCCUCUUCAAAGAAUAUUGGAUACAAAUUAAAAAAAGAAAAUGGCAGUUAUAUUAAUUGAUAUUGCUCUGAAUUGAUCUCUGAAGGAUGUCUGACGAAACUUCCAGCUAAAUUGCUGUGGAAGAGAAUCUUGUUGCCUUUGCCAAGCAGUUCAUGUCCAUUGUGAAAAACUGAUAUGCCAGUGAUAUACUUGGAUUGAGCUACCUUUCAUUUCAAAGAAGAAAAAAACACUGCAAUAAAUUUUCAAAAGGCUUAAAGACCAAUCACUGCAUGUUUUUUUUUACAGUUGAAAUAUGAAAUAGAAACCCCUUCUAUGACUAGUCAAUGAGUUGGAUGUAGAGGAUAGACUAGAUGUAUAUUUAUGUACAUGUAACAAUAAUUACAUAUAUACGUCUCUCCUGAUAUUUGAAAAAAGUUUCUCUAAAAUGAAAUGAUAUACAUUGUAUAUGCGAUGUCUACUAUAUCCAUCUGAUUUCAUUCAUUUUUGUAUGAUUAAUGCCAGAAACAAUUUCUAUAACAUAUGCUCUAAUAAUUGUGAAUUAAAUUUAAGGUAUUUUUCUUUUUCAUUAUUGAUAUUCCAUAACUAUCAUAAAGUAUUUAGAUUGCCUUUUUUUCACUAGACAGCAUUUUGACCAUCUAACGGAGGUCAUUGGUUUUUUGUGUCUUAUCAUCUAAAAUAGACACUACCCAUUAUUUGUGAAGUAUAAUGUUAUUAUCAUCUUCUAAAGUAUUAAAUAAACUACUUUGCACUUAUAUGUAUUUUUAUAACGUGCAAGCUGCCAUUUCUUUCACAUACCAGUAUUUCCUAUUAUAUUCGUGCAAACCAUAUAGAUUAUGAAAUCAAACAAAUUUUAACCAGCCAGUAGAGAAAUUUCCUACUUCAGAUUUUUAGAGAGAUUUCAGAUUAAACCUUUUAAAAAUGUGUCAUGUUAAUAAAUUGUUAUUGUGAUCAGUUCACCAUAUCUUGCAAACCUAGUGAAUAUUAAAUUUAAACAGUCAAGCUUACAA